AUGGAUGGAGGAAAAUGGAAUGAAAAAAAGUAUAAUGGAUUGUUAGGUUUUAAAGAAUUUAAACGCAAACUAAGAAAGUAUAUAGUUAACUUAGAAGAUGAUAUGACUCAAGGAAAAAAAACUAAGCAAACUAUUAAUGCUUUGUUGGGACCGCCAGGAGUAGGAGGUAGAAGUGAUACAGGAAUAUUUGAAGGAGUUAGUCCAUCUACCAAAGCUCCUUUUGCUGGAAGAUUAUGUGAAGGUUUAGCUAGGAGCAAACAAAGAAAUGUCAUAGUUUUACUGGAUGAGCCUGAUAAAAUUCAAGAAGGGAUACCUGAUUUUAUCUUUGACCGAGUUACUUUCAUUGAUCUUCCAAUUUACACUUAUAAGGAAAGGGAGGAUUAUGUAGUAUCAACUCUAAGCAAAUUACUUGAUAGCGAUGAAAAAACUAAACGCUAUGCUGAUCAAAUCAAGGAUAAUAAAGAUUUCUGUAAAUAUAUCAUUACAGAAGCGUGGGGAUUAAGACAAGUCAAUGCUAACAUUGAUGAAAUCUUCAAAAGUUUAAGAUAUUAUGUGAAUAUGGAAAGUAAAGGUUAUGAAAAAAGCAUUGGAGAUUUUACUAAACCAACUAAGGUGGAAACAACUAAAAAUCGUUUCAAUUUGAUAUAUAAAGAAGGUCAAGAAAUUAAUCUUAAUCGCGUUAGGACUUUUUCUAGAGUGGAAGAUAAUAAUGAAAAAGGCGAAAAAGUUCCUCCGCCGCCUACUGCUUUUCCUGAAUAUAAUUGUAGGAUAGUGAUGAAUGCUAAUAAUGAAAUAGAAAUAGAAUUAAACAUUUCUGAUGAACCGAAAUAUCAAGAAGAAUUAAUUAAAUUUUUUCGCUGUAAAACCUAUGAAGAUUAUUCCAAACUUCUUUCUAUGAAUAUUUUAUUCAAUGAAGAAUUAGAAGAAUUAAAACAAAUAGAAAUUGUUAAAGGUAAACUUACUGAAACUGGUGUUUCUUAUGAUUUUGAUCGCCCUGAUUUAGCAAUAAUUUGA